AUGAAGGAUGGUUUCAUGUUAUCAGAAUGUUGUGGAGGAAAGAUUAGUGAAAUUAAUGAUUGUGGCGGAUGGAAUUCAAACAUCAUCCUACCAAAUCCUUGGAGGAAGAAAGCAGAUGGAAAAAUCCUACGAAACGUUCCCAUCACAUUAUACUGUGACGACACAUCUGGAAAUAAAUCUAAGAAAUGGAAUAAACACAUCUCUUAUUACUUUACACUCUCCGGCUUACCACCUAAAAUUUCCAAUCAGCAAGCCAAUUGCCAUUUUCUUUGCACAUCAAACAUCACUGGCGCUUUGGAGUUAGGAGAUAUGGUUGUUGAACAGCUAAAUGACAUGGCUAUCAAUGGCUUCACAUCAUAUGAUAGCACCAUCUGUCAAGAAGUUCAUGUCAUGACUAGUGUCUUAUGUUUUCUGGCUGAUUCUCCAAUGCACGCUGAGAUUACCAACACACCAGUUCCUGGAAAUUCUCUCAACCCUUGCCGAUGCUGUGAUUUGAGUUCGUCCAGCUUGAAAGCCAGAAAGAAGCUUCCAUAUGUUUGCCAAUUCACCCAGAAAAACUUGCAUGGAUCAAAUUGCCCAAAUAAACUGCGAACUAUGGAAAAAACCAAAGAAAACUCCAAAAAGCUGUGGACGCACGCCAAGGAAACUGUUAAUCUGGAUAAACUAGACAAGAAAUCUGCUGAUUUGGGUGUACGGGAUCAAAUCAAUCGAAAGUUUGCCAAACAAUUAUUUAAAUUUGACGCCAAAAAAGUGCAACUACUUGAAGACGGAGAAGAAUUAUCAUCUGAUAUGGAUCAAGAGGUUCCUCAAGAAUUGGUUGAUAUGGAAGAUAAGGAACCUAAAAGAAUGUUUAAUCCUUACUUUGAGCUGAAAGGUUUUGACAUGGUCGAAGAUACUCCGGUUGAAGUCUUGCAUGUUUUUUUACUUGGUGCCAUUCCAUCCUUCGAUUUGGUCCUGCAUGUCUUUUUGCAACAGAAAAAUUUGAAAGUUAUAAUGGUAUUCUUCGAAAUGCUUCAAUUCACUCCAAUCGCCAAAGUCCCGGUCAAGAUAUAG